UGAGAGACAGCAGCCUGAUGAGAACUAGCAAGAAAACCUCCUCAAGUGAAAGCCAUGUGUUGGUGCUGGAGUUGGAGUGAGGAAAUCACUGCGAAAUGCCAGCUGGGGUACUCCAAACAUCCAAGCACACAGCGCACAACCUCUGUCCUCCCCUCUCUGUUUGUCCUUCUGUCAUUAUUUGGGGAUGUUGGCAGUGCUGCCACAUCUCUGCCAAGCGGGAAGGGACACCUGUAACUAGAGAGCCUGAGUGGCUGCUGCUGAGCUGGGACCGGCUGCUGGACGGAUCUGCUCUGCGCUCGGAUACAAAAACCAAAACAAAAAAACAAAAACAAAAACCAAACGGGUCGGUGGAGCUGCAACGGCAUCAGCAGAACCAGCCCAGCACACCAGCAUUAAGUCUGUCCGUCAUCCUGGGAUCUACAGAGGCAAGCGGAGCGCCGGUGUCGGCCAUGAAACUGGUGAAUGGGGGAGGAGGAGGAGGAGGAGGAGGGGGUGGUGGUGGAGGAGGAGAGAAGACUGCCUUUUCCUUUAAGAAGUGCUCUGCCUUCCAGUUUGUCAAAAGAAAGGUUCGGAGAUGGAUGCGGAACCCCAAGGUGAGCGUGGAGAAGGCCCAGGGGAAAGGCCUCCUGUACCCCUGCCCAAAGUGCCCGCUGGCCGAGGACCUGUGGUACACCCACUUCCCCUCGCCAUAUGGCUGCUGCCACUACGCCAGCCUGCAGGGCGGCCAGUACUACCACCAGGAGCCCGCCUCGCCGUGCCCUGCGAGUGAGCAUCACGCCGGCCAUGACAAGAGCAAGGGCUGCAAGGUGAGGAAAUGGAAGAUGCUGGCCCGUCACCAUGGUGACAGCGGAGGUAAGCAGAAGGAGGCAGAGUCGGAGGUGCAGCUGGGGGGCUGUCAGUCCUGGGGGGUUCGAGCCACGCCCCUCCUGGCCAGCCCUGUCAUGCUGGAGUGCUGCAUCUGCAGCGGGCCGUACGUCAGCUACGCCCUGGAGGACACCUGGCAGCCACGCCAGCGCACACAGGCGAUGGACCUGUACUACCACAGUGAACCAGAUCCAGACAGCUACUGUUGCCCUGGCGACAACACUCCUGACUCCUGA